UCUCUCUCUCUCUCUCUCUCCUUCCUCCACCGCUAGCUCUUUAUAAAAGCAAAGUUGAGCUAGCCAGUCUCCUCUGUGCCUCCGUAUGCCAUAGAGACAGAAGAAGAAAAAAAUUCAAUAUUCAUAUAUCAUGGCUGCUGUGAUGGAGGGUGAAGCAUUGGCAACAGAAGCUCCAUAUGCACCUGUCACUAUUGAGAGGAAGGUCAGGGGUGACUUGGAAACCAAACUUCCUAAGCCAUACAUGCCAAGAGCAUUGGUUGCUCCGGACACAAACCAUCCAACAGGAACACUGGGCCAUCAGCACCGCAACAUGAGUGUUCUUCAGCAGCAUGUAGCUUUUUUCGACCAGGACGACAAUGGGAUCGUCUACCCUUGGGAAACUUUUACUGGAUUGCGAGCCGUUGGUUUCAAUCUCAUCGCUGCCGUUGUUAUAUCUGUUUUUAUCAAUGGGGCUCUGAGUUAUGCUACUCUGCCCGGGUGGAUUCCUUCUCCUUUCUUCCCCAUAUACAUUUACAACAUUCACAAAUCAAAGCACGGUAGUGAUUCUGGAACAUAUGACACAGAAGGAAGGUUUAGCCCAGUCAGCAUUGAGAACAUGUUUAGCAAGUAUGCCAAUACUGUGCCAGACAAGUUCACCCUGGGAGAGCUUUGGGACAUGACCGAGGGGAACAGAGUUGCAUUCGACUUCUUUGGAUGGAUCGCGAGUAAACUGGAAUGGGGACUUCUGUAUGUUCUUGCCAGAGAUGAGGAUGGUCUUCUGUCUAAAGAAGCCGUUAGGCGCUGCUUUGAUGGAAGCUUAUUCGAGUAUUGUGCUAAGAUUAAUGCAGCUGGUAUGGCUAAGAUGGGCUAGAGCCUAGAACAAAAUGUACUACUUGCAGUGGAAGCUAUAUGCACCAAAAGAUAUGAUGUAUAUGUAUGUAUGUAUCUUAGUUUAUGUUUGAGAUGUUAAGAACGAUAAUAAAUUGAAGGAUGGCCCUUCAAUGUGUUCGUUGGAUUG